AUGAGAUCUACCUUCUCGACCUUGGGCUUGCUUGCAAGCUUUGCGGUGGCAUACGAUUGUUCAGUUAGUGCUAUCGCGGCACUUUUACCAGCAAAAUCUAUUGUUUUCUAUGCCACGCAUUUUGAUGCAGGUGCAAUAUUCACUCCUCCACCCGAGUAUAAUGCAGGUGGUGGUCCACCAGGUGCUCCUCCAGGUGUUCUGCCGGUUGACAAUGGCGAAUUUUUUGGCAGCGUUAGCUGGGAUUCAGUUAUUGAUGGCAUGUGGUAUGGAUUUGCAUCCGUCUCCACUAAUACUGGCCAUGAAAGCGGAGGGGCUGAUUGGGCCUAUAAUAAUCCCGAAGCACUUGAGAAUUGUGGAUAUCGUGUUAUGCAUGAUACCGUACUAAAAGGGAAAGCUGUCACCCAGGGAUAUUAUGGAAUCAACAUCUCCUAUAGCUAUUAUCGAGGAUGUACUGCUGGUGGUAAGCAAGGUCUGAAAGGAGUUGAAAUUUUUCCAAAUGACUUCGAUGGAGUUGUUGCAGGCGCUCCAGCGUGGUGGACUACUCAUUUACAGCUUUGGAAUAUGAUUGUGGGAAUUUGGAACCAGCCUGCAAAUUCUUCCCAAUAUGUUCCACCAUCAAUCUCCACUUACCUUGCGGAUGAAGUCAUUGGGCAAUGUGACGCUCAAGAUGGCGUUACUGAUGGAAUUGUGAUAGAUCCUCUGGCAUGCAAAUUCAACGCAUCAAGACUUUUGUGCCCUCCGGGUGUUGCAAAUACGGCGACUUGUCUCAACAGCGAACAAAUAGCUACAUUCAAUAAACCUCAUAGUGAUUGGAUUGAAGCGGAUAGUUCAUAUUCCCUCCCUUCACAUUGGGCAUACAUGCUUAGUCUGGGACCAGAUUGGACUUGGGAAGAUUGGAAUCCGGCAAUCAUUCUCCUUUUGGAUUUGAUAAACCCCGGUCACGCGACAGCCAAUAAUUUCAACCUUGCACCUUUCCACAAGAUUUCUUGUGGAAAGCUACUUCACUAUCACGGGUUAUUAGAUGCUUUCAUCGCUACUGGCUCGAGUAUCCGAUUCUAUGAUCAAGUCGCUAAAGCUUUAAAACCUCAAUGCAUCAAGCUAGACGGUUUUUAUAAAUUCUACUUAGUUCCAGGAAUGGGUCACUGCGCAAUGACCUACCCCAAAAUGAAUGCCCCAUGGGUUAUUGAUGGCGAUGGACAAGCUGGUGGCCUCGCCAGAACAUCUCAUGGUGUCCCUGGCUUUCAAGACGCCAAACACGAUGUCCUGCUCGCUGUAAUGGCAUGGGUAGAAAAUGGUACCGUGCUGACUGAUAUCAUAGCUACAAAAUACGCGAAUGACACAAACCCAGAUGGUGGUGUAUUGCGACAAAGACCUUUGCGUGCUUAUCCAAGUAAGACUGUAUAUGAUGGAACUGGUGAUUUAAACAUUGCUACCAUGCCUUAUUGUCCGCUAAACGUUUCGGAACUCCCACUUAAAACUUUAGAGCCAUCGCCUCGUGUUGUUGACGUCAAGAAGUAUAUGGAAAGUCGACCUGAUGUAUAUUUAGCUCGAAAGACUAUGGCGCCACUCGAUGCGGUGGUCACUUUUCUUUGGUUAAAAGACCCUCGAUAUCUGCAGCAAUUUCUCAAUCGCCGAUGCCCAUUGUUCAUAUGCCAAAUUAAGUGGAAAGAUCCCGAUGUCGAGAGGACCGCGUGGGAAAUAACGGUCAUGCGACAAAAGAUGUCGGAGUCCUUGCACACAAUAGAAUUAAGAGCCGUCAUACCCAUGAGGAUGGAGGAUGAAAAGAUGAUUUUUAGAACCAUCGAGCUACACUACAUCACAGACGGACACAUCCUACGAUUCGAAUAUCACGAUGAAAACUCAUCCGAUUUAUGGCAAGCUCCCGAAAUUUAUGCUACUAAGAAGACUUCCACAGCUACUCUAGCAAACUUGAGCCAAUCAGAGAAAGUGCUACUCUUUUUCACGAUGAUCCUUAUAGAAUUAGAGUGCCACACAUUAGUCAACCCACAAAUAUGUCUGGGAAAUGAAGCUCCAGAGUACUACUUCGUUUUUGAUGGGAAAUGGAAGAGACCCGAGGAUUUGGUCAUUUGUCCACGAUUACGUGAGAAAUACAGAGAUGACGAAGAAAUGUCUCAAAAUCUUCGAUAUACGAAUGCUACCUUUAUGGCGUCGUUGUAUAUGCCAAGCGCCGGCUACCAGAAUUGCCGUGGAUUUGAUGGAGAGCGAGAAUGUGAGAAUAAAGAUGGAACACUUCUGCAGGCUUAG